AAUUAAUAACUAAUUGUUCUAAGAGAAAAUCAUUAAAUCGUAUCAAAGCUUAGAAAAAAAUGACAUCGUUUUUAUCAAAAUUAUUUACCGACGUAUCUAAUUUAUUAAAAAAUUCAGAUGACUAUAAUGUCUUAUUAGAAAUAGGACAACCACCAAAUAUAAAAGUAUUUAGGGCUCAUUCAAUCAUAUUAAAGGCGAGAUGUUUAUAUUUUAAAUCUGCUUUAUCAAAUGAUUGGUGUAAAAAAGAUGAAAAUCGUAAUAUAAUUUUUAAAAAACCAAAUAUUUUGCCAAAUGUCUUUGAAGUUAUAUUAAACUACGUAUAUACCGGAACUUUGGUUUUUUCCAAUCUAACGACAUCCGAGAUAAUUCACUUGUUAGAAACGAUAGAUGAAUUAGCAUUUGAGGAAUUAUUUUCUCAUGUUCAAGAACAUUUAAUAUCACAUUCUUCUGAAUUCAUAAAACAAAAUAUUAGUACAGUAACUGAUAUAGCAUUUAAACAUGAAGCAUUUAAAAUACUUCAAACAUAUUGUAUAGAUUUAAUAACAAAAGAACCUCAACCAUUUUUCUCCUCACCGGCAUUUUUAUCAACGAAUGAAUCAAUUUUAAUUGCAAUUUUAUCUAGUGAUGAUGUUAGGAUUGAAGAAAUUAUAUUAUGGAAUUAUAUAAUUCAAUGGGGUUUACAUAAUUCUUCUACCCCAAUUGAAAUGAUAAUAAAAGAUGAUGAAAUUGAAUAUGAAACCAUUGAUGAAUAUACUUCAAUAGAUUUUACUUCAUUAAAAACGACAUUAUCUCCAUUACUUUCUUUAAUAAGAUUUUCAGAUAUUUCAACAGAAGAUUAUGAAACAAAAGUCAAACCUUUUCAAUCGAUAUUACCAUCAAAUUUAUUAUUGUGGAGAUAUCAUUUUGAAGAUAAAACUAUUAAAAUAAAUUUGACAUCAAGAAAACCUCCUUAUAGUAUAAAUUCAACUUUAAUUAAUCAUAAGCAAUCUACUAUAAUUGCAAAUUGGAUUGAUUCAAAUGAAGGUAAUUUAAAUGUUAAUGGUAAAAUUCAAUUUGGUAAAAUAAGAUUUAAUCUUUUAUAUCGAGGAAGUAAACAUCAAUUCUCCUUUAAAAAAUUUCACAAAAUGUGUGAUAAUCAAGGUCCUUCUCUUGUUCUAAUUAAAUCUAAAAGUAAUAUCGAUGGUUGUUGUAAAGAAGAAAUCAUUGGAGGUUACAAUCCUGUUGGAUGGAAAAGUGCAAAUCAAUAUAUUAUAAGAGAUGAUAGUUUUAUUUUUAAUUUGGGUGAUUUGUCAUCAGAAUCAAAUUAUAUUUUAAGUAGAAUACAACCAAAUCUUAAAUAUUAUGCUAUUUAUGAUGGUGAAAACUUUGGUCCAAGUUUUGGUAAAGGUGAUAUGGAAUUUUCUUGUAUCUCAAGACCAAGAGAAGGUUUUUGUAGGUGGAGAUGUUAUGAUAAACCCAUAAGAGAUACUGAAGCUUUAUGAAUUUUGUUCAGAUGAUAUAUCUUUCAUUUUAUUAUUUGGAUUCACGGAUAACUUUGAUUUUUUAUUCUUCGGUUUAUUUACAUCUUUAGGUAAAGUAGGCAUAAUACCAGCCUUUGAUAAGAGUCUUGCAACAGUAUCGCUCGGCCAUGCACCAACAUUUAACCAAUAUUUAAUUCUGUCGGUAUUUAAUUCAACAUUUUUAAUUCCAAGUUCGUUUGGAAUUGGAUCAUACAAUCCCACUUUUUCUAUAUGUUUACCGUCUCUUGGUGUUUUUGCAUUUGCUACAACUAUAUUAUAAAAUGGUCGAUUUCUUAUUUUUAUUCCAUGUCGUGCUAAUCUAAUUCGAACCACCAUUAUUAAAAA